AUGAAAAUCGUCACAUCAUUGUUCUUACAAUUUUUAGUUCAAAAGUGUGACUUUAACUUCAUUCCAACGAUUCCAAAUCCAAUCGAAUACAAAUAUCAUCCACGAUCUGUUGCUAUUGGUGAUUUUAAUAACGACACUUGGUUAGAUAUUGUUGUUGCCAAUCAUGCAGUCGACAAUAUAGCUGUACUUCUUGGGUAUGGCAAUGGUAAUUUGGGAAGUUCAAUCAUUUAUUCUACCGGUCUACAUUCGACUCCGUAUGCAGUAGCAACGCAUGAUAUCAAUAACGACCAAUUACUUGAUAUUGCUGUUGCAAAUUUUGGUACUAAUAACGUUGGUAUAUUUUUGGGAUCAGGAAAUGCUAGCUUUCAAAGUCAAACAAUAUAUUCAACUGGCUCAUCUCGUCCAUUGUACAUCAGCUUCGCUUAUUUAAAUAAUGAUACAGCAAUUGAUAUAGUUACAGCCAACUAUGGUAUUCACAGUGUGAGUGUAUUUUAUGGACAUGGAGAUGGAGUCUUUUCAAAUCCUAUCACGUACACAAUGGGCUAUGAUUCUUUCCCGUAUGGAGUCGUCUCUGGGGAUUUUAACAACGACAAUCACAUGGAUCUUGCUGUUGCCAAUUAUGGCACAAACAAUGUUGCCGUGCUAUUCGGAAAUGGUAGCAACUAUUUUAUAGAUCAAAAAAUCUUUUCUACAGGCUUUGGUUCUCAUCCAUACUCGAUCGUUGUUAAUGAUUUUAACCAUGACAACUUUUUAGAUAUUGUUGUGGCUAAUUAUGGCAUGAAUAAUAUAGGUGUAUUUUUGGGGUAUGGUAAUGGAACUUUUGCAAAACUAAUAACAUAUUCAACGGGUACUUCUUCUCCAUAUUCUAUUGCUAUUGAUGAUCUUAAUAAGGACAGUCAAUUGGAUUUAGUUGUCACGAAUAAAGGCACUAAUGAUAUAUAUGUAUUUAUUGGAUAUGGCAAUGGUGUAUUUGCAAACCCAAUAGCGUAUUCAACUGGAUCUUCUUCUUCAGUUUCAGUAGCCAUAGGAGAUUUCAACAACGACAAUACAUUAGACGUCACCGUCAUCCAUAAUGAUACAAGUAGUAUUGGUAUUCUUCUUGGUUCUGACAAUAGAUUUCCAAUUCAAACAGUAUAUUCAUCUGGUGGUCAACCAUUUUCGGUAGCUGUUUGUGAUUUGGACGGCAACACCAAAUUAGAUCUCAUUGUUGCUAAUUAUGAUGACAAUAAUAUAGGUGUGCUUUUCGGUUAUGAUAAUGACUCUUUUGCAAAUCAGAUCACAUUUUCAACUGGACUUAAUCCAUCUUUUGUAGCAGUUGAUGAUUUCAAUAGAGAUAAUCAAUGGGAUAUCGUCGUUACUAAUUUUGGUGACAACACGAUAAGUAUACUUCUUGGAUUUGGGAAUGGUUCUUUUGUAGAUCAAAUGACGUAUUCAACUGGUACUCAGCCAUCUUCUAUAGCUGUUUAUGAUAUUAACAAUGACAGUCAACAGGAUAUUAUCGUUGUUAAUUAUGGGAACAACACUGUAAGUGUACUUUUAGGUGUUGGUAAUGGCUCUUUUGCAAAUCAAAUGAUGUAUUCAACUGGUACUCAGCCAUGGUCUCUAGCUGUUGGAGAUUUCAAUAAUGAUAACAGACUAGAUAUUGUCGUAAGUAAUACUUUCGACACUACUAUUAGUGUACUUCUUGGAUUGGGCAAUGGCUCAUUUGAAAAUCAAAUCCAGUAUUUGGUUGGCUCUGGAGCAGUCAGUGUAGUUGUUGCUGAUUUCAAUAAUGACAGUCGAUUGGAUAUUGUCGUCGCUAAUUCGGGUAGCAAUCUAUUAAGCGUACUUUUGGGAUAUGGUGAUGGGUCUUUUGCAGAUCAAACCGUGUUUUUAACUGGCUUCUCUCCAAACGCUAUAGUUGUUAAUGAUUUCAAUAACGAUACUCAAUUGGAUAUUAUUGUUGCUAAUCAUGGUGACAAUACGGUGAGUGUACUCUUUGGGUAUGGCAAUGGUUCGUUUGCACCUCAAAAAGCAUAUUCAACGGGUUCUGGUCCAGGUGCUAUAGCCGCUGGUAAUUUCAAUAAUGAUACCCGAUUGGAUAUUGUUGUUACUAAUCAAGGUGACAAUACUGUUAGUGUCAUGUUUAAUUAUAACGAUGGAACUCUUCUCAACGAAAUAACAUUUGCAUCUGGUGGAGGUUCUGAUCUACAAUAUGUUGUUGUUGGUGAUAUCAACAAUGACAAUCUGUUGGAUAUCAUCGUUGCUAAUUAUGGUACUCAAAGUAUAGGUAUUCUUCUCGGAUAUGGGAAUACUACUUUUCAAAAACAGUUGAUGCUCGCUGUGGGCUUAAAUUCUUAUCCUUAUGCAAUUACCAUGGCCGAUUUCAAUAAUGAUAGUAAAGUGGAUAUUGCAGUAGCGAGUCAUGGUAGUAACACUAUUGGUAUGUUUCUUGGGAAUGGAAAAGGAGAUUUUGUGCGUCAGGAAAUUUAUGGUGAUGGUUCUGUUAUUCCUCCGAUAGUUAUUACUGCAGGUGAUUUCAACAACGAUGGACAAGCAGAAGUUCUUGUCGCAUACAAUAAUACUGAUAAUGUGGAUGUAUUUGUUACAUAUGAUACAGGAUCGUUCACUCCUCAACAGACAUAUUCAAUUGGUACAGGACCCAUCAAUGUUGUUGUAAUUGAUAUCAAUAAUGAUAGCUGGUUAGAUAUCAUUGUCGCCAAUACAGGCGUUAAUACUCUAAGUAUACUUCUUGGAUAUGCCAAUAACUCUUUUGGGCAACCACUAUCAUAUGCAACUGGAACGAAUCCAUCUUCUGUAGUUGUUGGCGAUAUCAACAAUGACGGCCGAUUGGAUAUCGUCGUCACUAAUACGAAUGAUAACACUAUAAGUGUAUUUCUUGGGUAUGGCAAUAGCUCCUUAACAAAUCAAAUGACGUAUCCAACUGGCACUCUACCAUAUGCUGCAAAAAUGGGCGAUUUCAAUAAUGACAAGCAAUUGGAUAUUGUUGUCGCUAACUUUGGCGAUAACACGAUAAGUGUACUUUUUGGCUAUGGCAAUGGCUCGUUUGCAAAUCAAAUCACAUAUUCAACUGGCUCUCAGCCGUAUGCUACAGUUGUUAAUGAUUUCAAUAAUGAUAGCCAACUAGAUAUUGUUGUCAUUAAUCCUGGUGAUAACACUCUAAGUGUGUUUCUUGGAUAUCGUAAUGGUUCCUUUGCAAAUCAAAUCACAUAUUCAACUGGUUCUCAGCCGUAUGCUACAGUUGUUGAUGAUUUCAAUAAUGACAACCAAUUGGAUAUCGUUGUCGUUAAUUUUGGUGAUAAUAAUAUAAGUGUACUUUUAGGUGUUGGGAAUGGCUCGUUUGCAAAUCAAACAACAUAUUCAACUGGUUCUUCACCUAAUGCUGUAUCUGUUGGUGAUUUUAACAUGGACAAGAAAUUGGAUAUUGCCGUUACUAAUCAAAUUGACAACACGGUUAGUAUACUUUUAGGUAUUGGUAAUGGCUCUUUUGCAAAACAAACCAUCUAUUCAACUGGUACUUGGCCAUGGUCUGUAGCUGUUGGAGAUAUUAAUAAAGACAAUCGGCCAGAUAUCAUCGUUACUAAUUUGUAUGACGGCACUGCGAGUGUAUUUCUCGGAUAUGCCAAUAAAGCUUUUGUAAAACAACUCACGCUGAUAACUGGAGAUGGAUCUCGUCCGAGAUCUUUUGCUAUUGGUGAUUUUAACAAGGAUCGUCAUUUAGAUUUUGCUGUAGCGAAUUCUGGCACGAAUAAUAUGGGCAUUUUUCUCGGAUAUGGAAAUGAUUCUUUUGCAAAUCAAUUGACAUAUGCCACUGAUUCUUCUCCAUGGUCUAUUGCUAUUGGCAAUUUCAAUAAUGAUACACUCAUUGAUAUUGCUGUCGCCAACUACGGUAACGACACGAUUGCCGUAUUUCUAGGAUAUGUUAAUGGAUCUUUUUCAAACCCAACGACGUUUAGCACUGGCUAUGAAUCUCAACCAAAUGCAGUUACUGUUAGUGACUUCAACAAUGACACCUUUCUGGACAUCAUCGUUGCUAAUUAUGGUAGCAGUAACGUUGGUAUUUUCCUCGGAAACGGUAAUGGAUCAUUUGCAAAUGGAACGAUUUUUUCAGUCGGUUAUGGAUCUCAGCCAAUAUUUGUUGUCAUUGGUGAUUUUAAUAAUGAUAGGAAGAUGGACUUCGCAACUGUCAAUGAAGGUACUGACAAUUUAGAAAUUCUCUUACAAACUUGCUAA